AAAUUGACCUUUGAAAGCAAAAACAACAGGUGGAAAGCUAAAAACCGGACAGCUCUGGACACAUCGGGAGGAAAUUCAGCAGAGGAAAAUUAAAGUUUACUUUGAAGAGGGACUGCAGAUAUAAUAAUGAGGCCUGGCACUGACUGUGCUGCAAUCGUUUGAGCGUGGUAGUGCACAUGAGAGCAGUGUUUGUUUGCGAGGCAGUAGUGAGAUAAGACAUAAGACUAAUGGAGGGAGAGGAGAGGGCUGAGGCAGCCAAAUCGGGGCCGAAACGUGUGACAGCCCUUCAGGAGCACCUGAUCUGGGCCCUGCUGGAAUCUGGACUGUCCCGGGAGGUUCUGAUCCAAGCCAUGGGGGAACUGGAACGAAACAGGGCAAGUGCUGGCAAUGAGAAGGGAGAAAGGGGGGAUGGAGAGAGCUCAGAGGAGGGAGAAAUGGAUUUCCCACCACCUAUAUUCCGAGAUCUGGAGAAGCUCCCUCCAGAAGAGGCAUCCAAAUUGCGGGCUGAAGUUGAGCACCUACUUCAUGAGGACCCCUGGCAUGUUGCAAAAAUGGUAAAAAGCUACAUGCAGCAGCAUAACCUACCUCAGAGAGAGGUAGUGGAGUCCACAGGACUCAACCAGUCCCACCUCUCCCAACACCUCAACAAAGGCACACCCAUGAAGAACCAAAAAAGAGCUGCCCUGUACAGCUGGUAUGUCAAGAAGCAGUGCGAGAUCAGCCAGCAAUUUACCAAUGCCAAACAUGGCCUUCAAACUGCGGAGGACCAAGGGGAGGAAACCAAGAAAGGACGGAGGAACAGGUUCAAGUGGGGUCCAGCAUCCCUGCAGAUCCUCUUCCAUGCCUACGAACGACAGAAGAACCCCAGCAAGGAGGAAAGAGAGGGGCUGGUGGAAGAGUGUAACAGGGCCGAAUGCCUCCAGAGGGGUGUGUCUCCCUCCCAGCUUGCUGGCCUCGGUUCCAACCUGGUUACCGAAGUUCGAGUAUACAACUGGUUCGCUAACCGUCGUAAAGAGGAGGCUUUCCGUCACAAACUGGCCCUUGACACACCUUUCGGCAGCCAAACUGCCUCUUCCUCUAACCCCAACCUUCCACCCAGUCCUGAGCACGGUGUGAAAUACAGCCAGCAAAUCUCAUGUGACACUGUGAGCUCAGCCAGAGGCAGUGGAGGGGAGAGAGCGGGACGUCUCAUGGUUAGUCCAGUCCAGCUGGAGCCAAGCCACACACUCCUCGAGACCCAUAACCCCAAGCUGGUGUCCAGUGGUGGCCCACUACCCCCAGUAAGCACUCUCACCUCCCUGCACAGUCUGUCUGCCUCACCUGCAUCCUCACAGAGCCUCAUCAUGGCCUCAGUGCCCAGCGUCAUGAGUCUGGGGGAGUCCUCUCUUCUCAUUGGUUUAGCCUCCACACAACCUCAGACUGUGCCUGUCAUAAACAACAUGGGCGGCGGUUUCACAACUCUGCAGCCCAUCUCAUUCCAGCAGCAGCUUCAUGCCUCUCCUCAGCAGCCAAUAUCACAGCAGCUUCAGAGUCACAUGGCUGCCAGUCCAUUCAUGGCAACCAUGGCACAGCUGCCAUGUCACAUGUACAGCAAAUCGGAUUCACCCCAGUACCACGCCCCCAGUUUGCUGUCUCAAGCCAUGGUUAUCACUGAAAGCAGCAGCCUGGCCAGCCUCACUGCUGUCAGACAGAUUCUGACCACAGACCCUGAGGAGCAGGAAGACACACCUUUACGGGAAGACUCUCUAAACCUGCAACCACACUCACCUGCGCCAGUUUCCUCUGAGAGCCUUGAGCUGUAUCCUUCCUCUCAGAGGACAGAGAGCCAUCAAUCUCACCUUCUCUCACCUUCACCGACGGAAAUCAGCUCCUAUAUUCCUCCACAAAUGGUUUCUACCGCACAAUAAAACCAUCUCCUGACUGUCAGCUGGAUUCAGGAGGGUGUUAUUGGGAUGGACAGCUACCAGAGUUGUCAAUUUCCAGAAAAUCAUGGGGCCGGUACUACAAAGCAAGUUCAACAUACCCGGGAUAUAUUUUCAGCAUCUGGCUUCACUUAGUCCAACAUCAGUAUUCAGGCAAAGCGGUCACAAGAAAGUGGUUAUGAACUUGAUGUCAAGCCAGGGUUUAUCAAUUUAUAUAUUGAAAGAGAUUGCACUGGCAACAUCUGAUCAAUCGUAACAAAAAUAUGAUUAGGUUACAUGUAAUACACACAGGGCAGCAAACCUGCUGCACCUGCUCCAGAGCAGGUAAGGUCUGCAGCAGAGGUUACCAUGGAGAUGUACCACCGUUAAAAGAACAGCUUUUGUAAUACUGAAAAUCCAGAGUUACACCUGACGUUACCUGGAUUAGCCCAAAUCCUGCUUUGUAGUACAGGCCUCUGGAAUCAGGGCUUUGAUCUUUCAAACACUGACUGACUCAAACUUCAAACUGUAACUGAAACAAGGACAGACAGAAUAUUCACUCUUGACACAGCAGAGAAUCAAUGGAAAAUUAACAUCAAAAUGUAUUUUUAUUCAAUUGUAAAUGUUUCAGAAUUUAACAAAAUGUAAAUUGACCUGAACGGCAUG